AUGUGGAUUCGUUUUUCUAAUCUCAGUAAAUUCUACGCCGUUAUCCUCCUCUGGCCCCUCUCGAUGAAGAGCCGUCAACUGCCGUCAGACGAAUCCUCCGUGCGCCUGAAGGCACGGGGUCGCGUCAGUGAACAAACCUGUAAGCAGGACCGGGCACGAACCCGGUCAGGCUCGAUUCGCUUCUAUGCCCUUGUUUUCCGCUGUGUAAAUAGAGAAAAUAGAAAGCGCGCCGAGAUACCCCUCGGGAGGGUCUUUGGCGGCAGGAGUAUCAGUCGCAAGAGUAUUGGUGGCAAGGAGAAGCUUCUCUACAGUGCGUAUUACGACGGUCAUCAGCACUAG